AUGACUUCGGGGAUUCGACUGUUCGACGAGGAGGCAUACCUACUCAUGGCAUCGUGCUGGCAACAUCUGUCCGCUGAAAGGCCGACACUGGAAUGCACUCGAGGAAGAUGUGAGGAUGCCUCGCACUUCAACAUCGUCGAGGCAGACGAGGUGGAGCCCAAAGUCAUCUGCCCUCAAGAAGUUCCGCUGUUUGGCCGCAGGGGCGGGGUGGCAGAGCCUUGCCAGGGCGAAAACAUGCAGAGCCAAGAUGAGCCACGGAAGGUGCCGUUGCCCAUCGAACGGAAAGCGACGUCUCAUGAAACAUCACCUCUUCCGGCAAGCAUGCAAGCACAACCCACGCAGCCAGUGUGCGCCAACAAGCCAGUCAGCGACGGCCGUCGCAGACCGCGCACGGUAGCAGAUCUGGCCAGAUUCUGCGAUGACUCUGCCGGCAUUGCAGAUGGCAUGGAAGUCAUCAAGCGGGCCAGGAAGAAGUACGCCGAAUCACUGUCCCAGGCAAGUUCCUCACAGGCAUCAUCUGAGCAGCACAGGCCUCUAGAGCUCUGGACGGCGUUCUCUACAGAAGUGUACGUUUAUAGCAGAGUGUGCAGGCACAAUGCUUGCACGGCACCGCUUGACCUUCGUCAGCGAGCGGCAUUGGCAGACGUCAUCGAGGACAAAGCGGGCCCCGGUUUCCCACGCCUCUCAAACAGCACAUGCCAAGGAGUUAAAGAUGGAUCCGCUCGUGAAGAAGUUCUUUUCGCGGCCAGUCAACGUUGA